AGGUGAAAUGGUCGAAGUCGCCGGGGAAGAUUUGGGCGCCGAGGGCUUCCAGAUCUUUGGCUGCUGGGGAGGUUGGGUCUCGGGCUAGGAUAGGCUGUGGGCAUGGCAAGCUUAGCAAAUCUGGGCGCCUCUCCGCUUCUUCAACACGCAGCAUAUGAGAAAUAUACCUCUGUGCUCCGUGACGUGAGAUUGGCACUUGCAGAUCAUAAUCACACCGUAUCUGACCAGAUACUAGUCACUGUGAUGCUCUUAAAUCUGUUCGAUACCGUGACAAGUGACGCUAUUAGCCUGACCUGGAACCAGCACGAAAGAGGUGAAUUGGCUUUAGUCCAUGUCUGGAGUCUCGAUCCGCUACAAAGCUCCACAGGGUGGAACAUCUUCCAACGUUUGCGAACUGAUGUCUUGUCUCCAAGAAAGAAAACCCAUUCCAACCAUGAUGAUCAAGUGGAUGCACUCGCACAGUACAUUUCCGAGGUCCAGUCUAUCGACGAGGAACUAGAGACGUGGUCCGCGGAAUAUACCAACAAACACACUCCUGCCCUCUCACUCAUCAACACCAGAAAUCUAACAGCACCGCGACCCUACUCCACAUUCCCCGUCCAAUCUGCCAUCAUCAAUAUCCCACAAUCACGUUCUGGUCACCUCUUACUCCGCCAUCAGAAACAGCAUCAGCAACAUUCUGCUCCAGUGUUCCAAUCGUCCAUGCACAGUUCGGGAAUAAGCAAGGGGGUAUCCGGGCUGGAUGUGGACUGGCUCUGAUAUGGCCUCUUUUUGGGGCUGGAACUGCCUCUUUUGCUACAUCGACUGAGCGCGAAUGGGAUAUCCCUGCGGCUGAGGGAAAUCGGGGAGUCGAGUGGU